AUGGCGGUCCCCAAUCCGGAGCUCGUGCCCCCGGUGCCGGUCCACAAGCUUAUGGUACGCGACAAUCGCUUCAUUGAUAUCGAAUUGAAGCAGGAUGGUGCGGAAGCUUUCCACGCGCUCAACUUGAGGCAAGGCGACAUCAUCAAGCUUUCGGCGCCCGUCUUGGAGCCAGAGCCCACGGCGCUCGUUCUCGAUAGGCCUACCCGCGGCGGGCUCGUGGUCACCGUGCGCCCCGAGGGGCUGUAUGGCGAGGAAGGCAAGAUCAUUACACGGCAGUCUUUGGCAGGCUCCAAGUUCACUGUUCUCGGAGGCAGAGGAGCUGCCAAAAGUGGAGAGUUCACAGUGCACCGCGGCUUCGCAUUAGACGAGACUGGCCUCUUGAAGCUCCACUUCGCCCACGGUUCCCAGAUCAACAAGCUCAUGCUAACAAAAGGCACUGACAUCAAGAUCAAGGACCGAGCUGCCUGCUCGUGCAUGGACCUUGCCGGCGCACACGGAGAAUCUGGAAAGAUGCCCGAAUUGCAGAUCGGGUGGUGGCCCUCGCGAGUUCAACGCAGCCGAUCUUUGUCCUGCAGGCACCCAGUGGGCGCUGGUGCAGCCGACCAGGAGUGGCAGCGCCGGCGUUGCGCUGUAUGCGGAGAGGCAGUUGGCGCUCACGCGGCCGCCCACGGUGCGAUUGGCCGCCCGGCCGGAGCCGCGGUGAUGGGGCUGGCCCAGGGCCGCGAAGUUGGCCGUAGGCAAGGCGCCUUCUAUCAGCACCAGCUAAAUAGGCCUGCGAGCUCUGCGUACGGGGGGGGCGCGGUCACCUGCAUGCCUCCACGGUUUGUGCAUGGCUCUAGUUGCGACUUACACGUUGCCACUCCCACAGUGCCCUGCAGUGUGUAUCAUGAGCAUGUUGUUUUGGCACCAUGCGUUCCAUAA